GUAUUUACAUCUUCUUUUUCAAUUUCACGGUCUAAGCUCUAAGCAAAGAAUACAUAAGAAACAAACUCAUUCACGAGCUCAAAGAAUUACAAAAAGCAGCUUUCGAAACUAAAUCCAUAUUUCAUGAACUCGGAAAUUAAAGAUGUCCAAGAAACUUCAUUUCUUUCAUCGACUAACUUGAUUACGUGCUACGUUACGGAGCAAAACUUGUCGUUUGAUUCAAAUUGGUUGCCUGCCGUGUGACUGAAUCAAUCGGCUGGAUCUUCAUUUGAAAAGGCAUAUUGAUCAUGCAUCACUAACAAACUACCAUACACCUGACUUCACUUGCAGUGAUUAUAGCAAAACACAAAAACUAUGACGGAAAAAUGUUGUGUUUAUUUUAUCUAUUUUAGGCGCAAGUAGGGUGAGGAAAACCAAAUUGAAUUGGAUCAAAAUAACUUAAAAGAGGACUGAUUAUAGAUAUGUUUUAGAUUGGGUUAGGUUUAUCAUGAGUAAUAAACCGGCCGUGUACUCCAUGUAAGUAUUGCUAUUAAAAUAUGAGAGUUUUACAGCUUAACAAAUUCUAAUAAUUCUUGAUUUUAAAAAACAAAAAUCUAAUAAUCAACCCAAUAAUAUCCACAGUUGUAGGAGAUGGAACAUAACAAUACUUAAUUUCCAAUAAGGAUACCUAUAUAGCAAUUUGAUUGGCUCGUUGAUGUAAUCAUUCCCAUUAGGUUUAGGAAAAGGAUAUGGGAACAGCAAUGCAUAUAUAAAGGGUCAUAGUUGAUUUUGUUUUUUGAUAAACCAAACCAAGUGUUUAUGUUAGAAAAAUUAUUACGUAACUAAUUGAUUUGUUCAUAAUGUCAAGCAAUAAUAUGAGUAGAAAGUUGGUUUUAAGUUUCAUAAACCACUCGUGUUUGUUAUUAGGAUUAGCAGCUUCGUUUUCAUGGCUAUACUUUGGCCAGCGCGUGAGUUCUUGGCGAAGAGCUCUUCAUCCGAACCCCCUCGUAGACCUGGGGCUAUUAUCGUUGGCUGUAUGGCUCCUUAAGAUGACGAUGUGCUGGUUUUAUCCUAGUCGCAAAACAAAGAUAAGCAAUUUGUUUUCUCUGGCCAUGCUUCAAAUCCUGAUUAUGAUCAUCCUGGUCAUGGGUUAUGCAAUGGUGGUCACCCAUAAGGGAGAAGGAAGGGUAAUUCCUGGAAGAGCCUACAAAGAGUAUGAUCCUGAGGAUUUUUCAAACGAAUUGGGAAGUUAUUCUCCAUCAAGGUCUUUUAUGAUUCCAGUGGCGGUACGAGAUUCGGGAAUUUGCACCAGAUUUGGGCAGCAAUUCAAUCAUCUGAAUGAGUCCGAGUUUUACAAUACCAAUCUUACUCCACUACAGUCAGGUUGCUGUAAGCCACCCAGCUAUUGUCCUUACGAAUUCAAGAAUGCAACAAUUUGGAGAGCGAAGGGCACCAGAAAAUAUUUUCAACAAAAUGAUUGUCUACGUUGGUUUCAUUUUGAAUACUUGGAAGAUCACAAAAGGUACUGUUGGAAUUGCAAUUCGUGCAGGGGUGCAGUACUUUUCAACGUCAAGACGGAAUGGAGACACAUGGUUCUUACCAAUACAAUUCUGCUUCUAUCAUUGCUGCUCUUUUAUUCACUACCUCGUCUUUACUAUUCCUAUUUACAUUGAACUCUCUGUGCAUGUAAUAUUUCAACAUUUUAUUUAUUUCAGCUUUUUAUUUUUUAUUUA